AUGGAUCAUUACAAAAGAGAGAAAAGAAAUAUUGCUCCGAGUUCAACUGCAGGAACACUAACUUUACAACAAAUCCGCCAAGAAAUAAAUAACAAGUUCAAUGAAGUUUGUAAAUCCUCUGACAGUAUAUGCCAGGCAGGACCUCCGGGGCCGCCAGGAGCCCUUGGGUAUCCUGGAUAUAAAGGAGAGAAAGGGGCCCCCGGAGAGGAAAGACCACCACGCCCAUCGGGGCCUAUCGGGGUUCCAGGCGUGAAUGGCAAAAGAGGACCUGUGGGACCUCAAGGAGUAAAGGGUGAAAAAGGCGAUACAGGGUCCGUUGGAGCGAUCGGGAUGAAAGGUGAGACUGGACCGAAGGGUCAUCAAGGACAGAAAGGAUCUAUUGGCUCAAAAGGGACCAAAGGCAGCCGAGGUUUGGUUGGCAUUCAGGGACCAAAAGGAGAAUGCGUCGUUCCACUGAAGAUCAGUGUGCAUCCUAUAUCUCAGGCAGUCUUUGUGAACGAGACAGCAAUUUUUUUCUGUUGGGCCCAAGGGCAGACUAUGUUCAGGAUCACGUGGCGUAAGCUUGGAGGUUCUCUGUCUGAUGCUACUGUAAAAGAUGGUUUGCUUCGAAUCAACAGGGUACAAAGGUCACAUAUUGGGUCGUACAUCUGUUCAGCUAACACAGGUCUCGGAAGUCCGGAGGCUUUCAGCACUUUGCAAGUAAAAGGCAGCCGGCGACCUUGA